AUGGAAGACAUAUUGAAGUCAUUUCCCUCCACCGAGGAUUGUAAACAGGUCCUUUGGAACUUCUUUGCCCAGCACUUCAAUCAGGCGUUUCUUGAUUCGCAAACCACUGUGGAACGUACGGCCAAAGCAGCCGGCCUUCUCGCAGUUGAUGGACCCGAUGAAAGACCGAUGUUUCGCGACUUGGCAGCCAGAUUUCGCGAUCUUGGCCUUCACCAUCAUGCAAAAGUCACCUGUAUCAUGAUUUUGAGGGGCCAGCUCGCGAGAUCCACCGCCAAGGGCCCCUCGGUGUUGGACACCGCCAUCAUCCUGGGUCUAAGUCUGACAGAUGAGAUGGACUGGCGCUCUGCGGAGGCUCUGUUCAAUGAGAUUCUGAAAUCCGGACAAGCCGACUCGCUGGUGGUCGCGAACGCGCACAACAUUCUCGGUUACGUAUACAGGGGAAUGCUUCGUAACGAUCUCUCGAAAGAACACUUCCUUCAUGCGCUACGCAUCAUGGAACAGCAGCAAUCAUCAGACCAUCGACAGGUUUUUAGUAUCAAAGCCAACCUUGCCUCGCUUAACUUGCUUGAAGUCGAAGAAGAAGCGCUUGAGGCGGCAGAGAAAGAGUUGAGAGAAGUUGUGGAAACGUCCGCAGCGCAGUAUGGCAUGAACGAUGCUGCUACACUGCUGUUCUGCACAACUCUCGGGGAUCACUACGCAUCGAGGGUCCGGAGCGGCGAGUGGCGCGCACUCAACCUAGCAGAAGAGCAAUUUUCUCGGGCUUACGAAGGCUAUCGGGAGUCAUUUGGCGAAGCACACAAGGUGACUCGCGAGGUAGCCUUCAGGCUUUGCAAGAUUUGUGCCAUCCGGGCAGUCUGUCUCAUCUUGUGGUACAGAUCUACCGGGGAGUUCAGAGCUUUCAUCGCGAGUGGACGGACGGGCUAA